UUCCCCCCUUCACCUUUGGCUUUCGCUGACCCCACUUCCUUGACCCGGGUUCCCACUCCCGCCCCUGAUGCGUUGUUUAUCCUCCCUGCUCCUUUGCGUCUACACCUUCCCACUCUUAACUCAGUCUCAUUUCAGCUCUUGCCAUCGCACGUUUUAGGUCUUCCCUGUCAGUUUACUAAUUGGGCUGACAGUAGUUUUGAGAGAUGCCGAGCAGAUCAUACACUGCCGUAGUGAGGCUCAUGCUAGGUCUAGAGACGUUCCCCGCAAAAGGUAUUGGCAGUUGUCUCCUCUGUCUGAAAGGAAGGUGAUCAAAGAAGACAACAGAAGUUGUGUUCGUGAGGCCUUGACUUUAGGCAAGAAGCUGAUGUUGGGUGAAAGUGUUACUAGGACUAUCAGCUCCCCUUUUACAUAUGCAAAUAUUUCUUCUCUUCCCUCUCCCUCACCCCCUCCGCGUUUCUUUUAGGUAUUUCAGAUUCGUGGAUUUUGAAUGAAGAGCUUAGAUGAUCACAGUCAGGUGAUGGUUUCCUGUUCUCAGAAUCUAAAACUUCUCAAGUGUUAAUUCUACGUUGUGUUUUGUGAGAUUGACUUGUACUUUAAAAGGCACUAAACAGGGCUUUAAAGUUGGUUACAUUUCCUUGCAUAAUCUGCAAGAUAAAGUAUAUCCAGGGAGGAGCUAUUGUGGGCUCUUAGAAGAAUGAAAGUGAGGCUGACACUUUACAGGCCGUUCUGAAUUGGCCCAGAUUGCCUUCCUUCAGGGGGAAAGGAAAGGUCAAGAAAAUCUGAAGAAGGAUCUUGUGAGGAGGAUCAAAAUGCUGGAGUAUGCUCUUAAACAGGAAAGAGCCAAAUACCACAAGUUGAAAUAUGGGACAGAAUUGAAUCAGGGAGAUAUGAAGCCUCCAAGCUAUGAUUCUGAUGAAGGCAAUGAAACAGACAUGCAGCCACAACAGAACAGCCACUUAAUGUGGAAACAAGGUCGACAACUACUCAGACAGUAUCUACAGGAGGUGGGUUACACAGAUACUAUUCUAGAUGUGAAAUCUAAACGAGUGCGAGCUUUGUUGGGCUUUUCAAGUGAUGUCACUGACAGGGAAGAUGACAAAAAUCAGGACUCAGUUAUAAAUGGCACAGAGGCUGAAGUUAAAGAGACAGCGAUGAUUGGAAAAUCAGAGUUAACAGAUUCUGCCUCCGUGCUGGAUAAUUUCAAAUUUCUUGAAAGUGCAGCUGCGGAUUUCAGUGAUGAAGAUGAAGACGAUGACAUUGAUGGAAGAGAGAAAAGCGUCAUUGAUACUUCAACGAUUGUUAGGAAAAAAGCAUUGCCUGAUAGCAGUGAAGAUCGAGAUACAAAAGAAGCUCUAAAGGAGUUUGACUUCUUGGUUACAUCAGAAGAAGGAGAAAAUGAAUCUAGAAGUGCAGGCGAUGGAACAGACUGGGAAAAGGAAGACCAGUGUCUCAUGCCUGAAGCUUGGAAUGUGGACCAGGGAGUAAUUACCAAACUCAAGGAACAAUACAAAAAGGAGAGAAAGGGGAAAAAGGGGGUGAAGAGAAAAACUACUGAAGAUCUGUUUCAGUCUCUAUCCUAUAUAAAACAGUCAAAACAGGGAUGUGAGAGAAUGAAGAAUCAAAGUUCAGGGCCCAAUAGGUCAAAACUACAAGAUAUGCUUGCUAAUUUGAGAGAUGUUGAUGAACUUCCCUCAUUGCAGCCAUCUGUGGGUUCACCUUCCAGACCCAGCAGCUCCAGGCUUCCUGAACACGAAAUAAAUAGGGCAGAUGAAGUGGAAGCAUUGACAUUUCCUCCUUCUUCUGGGAAGUCAUUCAUCAUGGGAGCAGAUGAAGCCCUCGAAAGUGAACUGGGACUUGGAGAAUUGGCAGGCCUUACAGUGGCCAAUGAAGCAGAUUCACUAACUUAUGAUAUAGCAAACAAUAAAGAUGCAUUGAGGAAGACAUGGAACCCUAAGUUUACAUUAAGAAGUCACUUUGAUGGCAUUCGAGCCCUUGCUUUCCACCCCACUGAGCCUGUUUUGAUAACAGCAUCGGAAGAUCACACAUUAAAAAUGUGGAAUUUGCAGAAAACAGCUCCAGCCAAAAAGAGUACUUCUCUUGACGUGGAGCCUAUCUAUACAUUCAGGGCUCAUAAAGGUCCAGUGCUUUGUGUGGUAAUGAGCAGCAAUGGUGAGCAGUGUUAUAGUGGUGGCACUGAUGGACUGAUCCAGGGCUGGAACACUACCAACCCCAACAUCGAUCCCUAUGAUUCUUAUGAUCCUUCUGUAUUAAGAGGCCCUCUGCUAGGCCACACCGAUGCAGUCUGGGGUUUGGCUUAUAGUGCGGCACAUCAGCGUUUGUUGUCCUGUUCAGCAGAUGGCACUCUCCGUUUAUGGAAUACAACUGAGAUUGCUCCAGCCCUAACUGUAUUUAAUGAUAAUCAAGAAUUGGGAAUCCCUGCCUCUGUGGAUCUAGUGAGCAGUGACCCGAGCCAUAUGGUAGCAUCAUUCAGCAAAGGAUAUACAAGCAUCUUUAACAUGGAAACACAACAACGAAUUCUUACUUUGGAAUCGAAUCUAGAUCCGACAGCCAACUCCUCUUGCCAAAUAAAUAGAGUCAUCAGUCAUCCCACUCUUCCCAUCAGCAUCACUGCACAUGAAGACAGGCAUAUCAAAUUCUAUGAUAAUAAUACAGGCAAACUGAUCCACUCGAUGGUAGCCCACCUAGAAGCUGUUACAAGUUUAGCAGUUGACCCUAAUGGCCUGUACUUGAUGUCUGGCAGUCAUGACUGUUCAAUACGUUUAUGGAACCUAGAAAGUAAGACCUGUAUCCAGGAGUUCACAGCUCAUCGGAAAAAAUUUGAAGAAUCAAUUCAUGAUGUAGCUUUCCACCCAUCCAAAUGCUAUAUAGCCAGUGCUGGGGCUGAUGCACUGGCUAAAGUCUUUGUAUGACACAUUGCAUCAUCUUCACCUUCUAGCUCUUUAUAAAUAAUCAACUGCACAAAAGAGAGACAGAAGACCCGGGCAAGAAUCAUCCUGUCCUGCCCUUUGUUCUGCUGAAGGAGCACAGAGAACAUUUGUUAAAGUAUAGUUUUGCAAUUCGUAUACUGUUUUCUAAAACUAAGGUUUGUUCAGGUUGCUGCAAGCUCAGCUGAAUCUGUGAACCUGAAAACUGUUUCAAAUUUUCCCCAAAAUAGGAGCGUUUAUUUCUGAGGUGGUUCUAAUUCGCUAGGCAGGCCUAAGCGAACAUAGGUUUAGCUUGUCCCUAUUGAGUAAAUAGGGCACACUAUAAGGGAUCAUUAAAAAACUUGAUGGCUGGGAAUGAGUAGAGGAAGAACAGAAAUUUAGACCUAGUUCUCCCCUGAGAAAUCUUGUUGAGCACAUUAGGUAGUCAAAACAGUAAUCUUCACCAUAUCUGUUGUACUAACCCCUAUGUGCAUAAUGAGCAGGCAGUGUUCAAGUGAGUUUUUAAUUUAGCUCUCCUUUUAACUGUUCACAUAAAGCGCCUGGCAAAGCAUUUUACCUGUUAGGGGAAAAAAGAGAAAUGCAAUAAUAUGUUAAAUAUAUUAUUCAGAAAUACUAAACAAAUAUUUAGUUUCUAAGCAGAUUUCUAUAUUGUAUUACAUUUUUGAAAUAGAUUUGGUACCGUUCUCAAGUUUAGCUGUCGAAAACACUCACCAUUAUGAAGAAUAGUUGAUAGAGUCUGCUUUUACUAAAGGAUUUAACUUAUUCAGGUUUAAGAUUAUGUUUAUUUUUAAGGGCAAGGAGGGCAUAUCUUUAUAAUAAUUUCUAUUAAUUUUAAAAUUCACUUUAUUCAUGUGAUAUUUAUAGUACCAGAGUGAUUAUUUCAUAUCAAUGAAAUCUUACCUUUCAGUGAUUGAAAAGAUGGAAGUUAUUUGCAAGUACUCAUUUAUCAAAACCUACGUAACCAUGCUUCAGAUGAUCUCUGCUCUUUCUUCUUUGUCUCUCAUAUUCAAAUUAUCUGAUACCUGCCAAAAAUAGUUCAUAAUUAUUAUGUUUUAACAGUCCAAAGGGUAUGGUUAACCUCAGGCAGCUGCUUUUGCAGAAGUACUAAAUAAAGCAAACGUUUCGUA